AUGGACGGCCAACCCCUCACCGACCGUAGCUUUACCCCGUCGUCUAACGGACGCUCCCAACCUCCCCAGACGAUCUCCUCCAAGGAUCCCAAGAUUGCAGCCCAGGCUGCUACCGAUAUGAGGAACAUCGUUCGCCGUAAGCUCACUGGAUAUGUCGGGUUCGCAAACCUUCCGAACCAAUGGCAUCGGAAGAGCGUGCGCAAGGGAUUCAACUUCAAUGUCAUGGUUGUCGGUGAGUCUGGACUCGGAAAGUCUACGCUUGUGAACACUCUCUUCAAUACCUCGCUGUACCCGCCGAAGGAGCGCAAGCCCCCGAGCCUGGACAUUUCCAAGACUGUCUCGAUACAAUCCAUCAGCGCCGACAUUGAGGAGAACGGCGUCCGCCUGCGAUUGACCGUAGUUGACACCCCUGGCUUCGGCGAUUUCAUUAACAACGACGAAUCCUGGGACCCCAUUGUUAAGAACAUCGAGCAGAGGUUCGAUGCCUAUCUCGAGGCGGAGAACAAGGUCAACCGCAUGAACAUUGUUGACAACCGCAUUCAUGCCGUGGUCUACUUCAUCCAGCCCACUGGCCACUCCCUCAAGCCUCUGGAUGUUGAGGUCAUGAAGAAGUUGCACACCAAGGUCAACCUCAUUCCUGUCAUUGCCAAGGCUGACACCUUGACGGAUGAGGAGAUCAACGCUUUCAAGCAGCGAAUUCUCGCGGACAUCAAUUACCACCAGAUCCAGAUCUUUGAAGGCCCACGAUAUGAACUUGAUGACGAGGAGACGAUCGCCGAGAACAACGAGAUUAUGUCCAGGGUACCCUUCGCUGUGGUGGGUGCCAACACCGAGGUCGCCACCCCUGAUGGACGCAAGGUCCGCGGUCGCCGUUACCCAUGGGGCGUCAUCGAGGUGGACAACGAGGAGCACUGCGACUUUGUCAAGCUGCGCCAGAUGCUGAUCCGCACCCACAUGGAGGAGCUCAAGGAGAACACGAACAACUUCCUGUACGAGAACUAUCGCUCCGAGAAGCUGACUGCCAUGGGCGUCCAGCAAGACUCGAGCGUGUUCAAGGAGGUCAACCCGGCCGUCAAGCAGGAGGAGGAGCGCUCGCUGCACGAGCAGAAGCUGCAGAAGAUGGAAAUCGAGAUGAAGAUGGUGUUCCAGCAGAAGGUGGCAGAAAAGGAGAGCAAGCUCCGACAAAGCGAGGAAGAGCUGUACGCUCGCCAUCGGGAGAUGAAGGAGCAGCUGGACAGACAACGCCAGGAGCUGGAGGAGAAGAAGGCGCGGAUCGAGCAGGGAAGGCCGCUGGAAGAGAAGGGCAAGAGGAAGGGAUUCUCCCUUCGUUGA